AUGACACCAUGACAGAUUGGGAGCCGCCAUCUUGAAAACGGGAUAGGGCCACCUUGUGAACUACAUUCAGGUUUGCUGACUCGGAGACACACACUAACCUCAUCAGGUCGUGCGUGUUGUGUAGUCCAUCCACCCCUACUGGAGAUGUUUUGUGUAUGGGACUAUAUGAUGUUAACCUCAAACGUUGUAUGAAUCGUAUAGGCGAACAGCUGAGUUCUGAAGGCUGAUAUGUUGUGAUGUAAGUAUUGUGACACACACUUCAUCCAAUGGCUUCCGUUCUGACGGAACGUAUUGCGCGGGUUUACUUUAGACAUGCCGGUGGUAGCCUGAACAACGCGGUCCUAUCUCCGAUGGUUGAUUAUGCAUGCAUGCAUAUGUAAUGCAUGAUGUAGGACGGAAGUGUACCUGGACAUUUACGUUUUCGAUCUCUGAGAACAGAAACAUGUUGCUGCUGAAACUUCUACUGUGGCUCACGGUUUUUUCGUGCGUGUUUGGAACUUCAUCUUCAGUUGGGGAUAUUCCUCUUGGUUUGCCCUCUGGAAGUGAGAUAAUUCCAGUAGACCACAUAGGACAGUCGCCUCAUUUGUCGCCUUCUACAGCAUCUGAUGGAACGUGUUGUCAAGCACUACCCGGGAUAUGCGAUGCUGAUGGUGACUGCACUCUUGGAUACACCACCUGUGCUAAGCUGUGCAUGUGUGUGUCUGGACUGCCGUCGUACAUGUGUGAGCACAUGCUGAAAAAGAUACGUGAUGAACUCACAUCAUCAACCCAGCCUACAAUAAAUGCAUCCUCUGCUACCGAUCCCAGUCCCAUCUCCACAUCUACCUCCAUACCAGUUGGACAUUCUGAAACCGUUGACAUCUUCCCAUCUUCAUCAGUGGAUUCAGUACCCGGUUCUCCAUACCCGUCGCCUGUCAUGGGAUUUGCCUCCGACUCUCCAAGCCUAUCCCAUGAAGCUUAUAAUUUGACUUCAACCCCAAGUCUUGAUGCAUCUCCAGUUACUGUUUCUUCAACUCCAAGCACUCCACCUCAUUCAGUUGCAUCAGAUGAUAUGAUCAUUGACAAGGAACUCAUCACACCAACCUCCAAACUGCAGACUGCAUCCACAGAACAUCUGAACAUCCUGGAACUCCCCACAACGUUGGAGACAACAACAUCUCCAUCACUUACUCAUGGCGAUAUAGACAAUAGAAUAGGACAGUUGCAUCCAAUAGAUCCAAUCAUCACAUCCAAUCGAUCCCAAACAAAUGGCUCUAAUAGUAUUGACGAAACAGGUCAUGAGAUGACCACUGAAGACUUUUACUCGGACUUUAUUCCCCCAACAAUGGAUUCUGCCUCCCCCUGUGAAGACUGUAAGGGCACCUGCCUCUUUGACUGGAACAGGGUGCCAAUGUUCGAAUGCGAGGAUGGAGAAGACCACAAAUGCCAUGCCUUCUCCUGUGGGGAUCACGGGGAGUGUGUGGAAGACGCAAAUGAAGUUAAAUGUGAAUGUUUUGCAAACUACACAGGGAUAUUUUGUGAGCAUCUCUGUGAUCUUGAUUGUGGAGAGAAAGGAGACUGUGCCUUCUUCAAUGAAACCAUGCAUUGUGUGUGUAACUGGAAUUAUACUGGCGGGCAGUGCGAGGAACUGAAGACAACACCUGCUCCAUCUGUGAAAGAGUACAGACAAGCUGUCAAGUCCGAGCCUUGGACAGUGAUCGGGGUGUGCAUUGGUCUGUUUGUCCUGCUGUUUCUGCUGCUGGUCAUCCUGCCCUACUGGACAUGGCGGAGACGCUGGCUGCCCAUGAGGAAACUCGUCCACUACUUCCAGCAGUAUGAGGACGAUGAUGGGAAGGAGUUCGAUGCAUUUGUGUCGUACAAGUCCACAAAGGAGGAUGAGGACUUCGUGGUCCACAAGCUUUACCCCAAACUGGAGAAGGAGCUGGACUUCAAGCUGUGUAUGCACUUCCGGGAUUUUCUUCCUGGAGAAACUAUUGCCAACAACAUAAUGAAGGCUGUUGAAAGCAGCAGAAGAACCAUUAUCAUCCUCUCGCCGGCGUAUGUGGAGAGUGAGUGGUGCAUGCUGGAGUAUCAGAAAGCUCAACAUGAGAUGCUGAAGAUGAAGCACAAGAUCAUUCCGAUCGUGUUUGGGGACAUGUCUCAGAUGAAGAAUAUGGAUAAGAAUCUAAAGCAGAUUCUCAACACUGUAACAUACAUUGAUUGGCCCGGGGAAGAAGAUUCCAAGAAGCUUGACCGCUUUUGGAAACUAAUGGUGUGUGCAUUACCCAAGAAAAAGCAAGAUUCGGGUCAAAGCGAGACUUCCGGCGGAAGUAGUUCUAGUGACCUCCCUCUGACCUCUGUGACCGGAAGCCAUUUUCCAGACACUCUUUCUGAUGAUGUUUUUCCCGAGAAGAUUCAUUCAAGCAACACUAGUAGUGAUGAGUUCAAUGUUGAUAUCAUCGCCAGGAAUGAUAUCAAUAACAAGCAUCACGGCAAUGACACUGUGAUUAAUCUUUCAAAUGACAUUAUGAAGGAUAGUUUCACCGCAAAUGGCAUCAACAAACCUUCAAGUGACGAUCAUGUGAUUGAAAUACGGAAACUUCCUGGACAUAAACUGAAAAUAUUCCGUAAAUUCAAACUGGACUUGAACAUUGGAAGAAAGGCGGCCUCCUAGCGCUGGUUCACCACACACAGUUGUACUCAGGGCAUUCUUCCACUCAAGGACAAAAUGUGAAAAUUAUGACGCGAAAGUUAUAUUGGUGCAAUUGUUUUUGUAUAUCAGGGACAAUGUUUCUAGUCCUGCAUGAUUUCCUGUGUACGGCGUUAAACAAAACAACAACCCAUGAUUACCUGGCAUGCUAUGGCCAUUCGAAAUAAGAGGUAAAACUAAACAAGCCACAUCCAGUUAUAUAGGUUUAUUUAGGUUUAUUUAGGUUUGUUUACAUGCUAGCGUCGAAUUUCAUUAGUACUGCUGUGCGGCGUUGGCAAAACAUACUUCCAGGUUUAGGCAAAUUUUGUGAAUGGCGGGUGCAAAACAUGUAGGGCAAUGUAGGGCAAAACAUGUUUACCCUUUUUCGUGAACACCUGGUGUCUUCACAGAUUGUCAGCGAUCUAUUCAUAUGGUUUUCAUAGCUAUGUUCCCCGUUACACCAUGCGGAUUUUGUUUCUGGGUAUUGUCGAGACUCACGUUCUCUAUAUAAAUUCAUAUUAUUUCGGUUUCACAAACACAGAUAUUUACUAUGUAUGAGACAUUAUUUUUACAUAAAUCGAAACCCAACAAUAGCAAUUGUCAUUACUGAUUUUAAAUUCUGAAUGACACAAUAACAAUCGUCAUUACUGAUUUUAAAUUCUGAAUUACACAAUAACAAUCGUCAUUACUGAUUUUAAAUUCUGAAUUACACAAUUACAAUCGUCAAUACUGAUUUUAAAUUCUGAAUUACACCUUGAAGACGUUUGUGGAAAAAAAGUCGAAAGUGAAGGAACAGCAUUUGACAGGAUGAAUGAUCAAUGUCACGUGGUGAACAAUUUAGUUCAAAACUUUUUGGUUUCUUUCAAAUUUUUCCAUGGAUAAGAAGCCUAAGAUCUGUAUAGUAACACCUGCCACUGUCUGGCUAUGUAUCGAUAACACAAUCAAUCGUCUGAGCGACAACCAAGGUUACUGUUUUAUAUUGCGUGUCCUAUCAACGAAGCACGUUCCUGUCAAGAUUUUAUUAACACUAAAGACGAAAACUAAAACAACCCCCAAACCCCAAACAAAACAAGCACACGAGAAGCAAUAACAAAAGCUAGAGCGCAAAUAUUGCUUUUAAGCUGCAUCUUCAGUGUUGAAGCUAUUUGCGGCUACAAGCAAGGCAAAGAGAUUUAAACAAGAAAUUAAACACUGCAAAGCACUGAAACCUCAUUGGGUAAUAGAACCUUUUCUGUAGCAGCACCAGCUCUAUGGAACAAUCUUCCAGUCAUCUUUCAAGAACUUGUUGAAAACCUACUUCUUCAAGAUGGCUUUUGAAUAGAACUCUCUUUUUUUCCCUUACUGUGUUUUAACAAUGUAUGCAGCACCGUUGAGCAUCUGUGAUGGAAACUAAGCGCUAUACAAGCCACUUAGUAUUAUUAUACCGAAAUUAAACUGAAAUGUAGACACAUUUACGAAAUGUUGUUAUGAUAUCUAAGCACCGUUUCGAAUGGCCAUACAUAUUGUUCAGUGUAGCAUACACACUUAGACUCUAAUACCCGUGAAGAUCCGGGUUAGAAUUGAUCUUCAGCAACCCAUGCUUGUCGUAAGAGGCGACUGACGGGAUC